AUGUCGAAUCCCACGCUAGCCUUCGGCAUCGAGGUCGAGCUCCUGUUCAGGCCCGACGAGGAGCUCAUCCGGAAGCAUAUGAGCGGGUGGACGGCCGGGCUCGCUCACGGCCUGGACACGGACCCGGCCAAAAUCAACCGAAAGAUUCUUCGGUUGGCCAUUGCAAAGGAAUUAACCGGCGCUGGGGUGGCCGCGGAGGUGUCAACGCAGGAAUAUGACGCGUGGUCGGUCCUGGACGAGGCUAUGCUAGAUGAGAGGCCGAAUUUUUGGAGGCUUGAGCUCGUGUCCAGAUGCAUGACAACCGACGUCGACUGGCAGAAAGAAAUCACGACAGUCUUUGACACCAUCCGAAGAAUCGAGGAUAUCCAACUGACGAAAGGCUGCUCGACGCACGUGCACGUUUCCCCUUCUCGGGGGGGCAACCGCUACCAAAUCGGACAACUACGCAGCAUCAUGAAGGCCAUCGCGUACUUUGACCGCGCCGUCACGGCCGCCGUCCCCGCCGACCGGAAAGAGAACGAAUGGGCGGCUUCGAAUUUCAAGGAAAAGAGUUGCAAUCGUACGUAUGCGGAGCUGCAUGGCAACAUAUCGUCACUUACAUGGGGACCCCUUUUCCAAAAGUUCGACGGGGUCAGGCUCCCCGCGUUGAUCCCCGCGGAUGUCUUCCACAACAGAUACGUGUCCUGGAAUUUCAAGCACUUGGGCUCGGAGUGCGGAACGGUCGAGUUUCGGCGCCCACCGGGCGUUGAAGAUGCAAGGAGAGCGCUGUAUUGGGUCGCUUUCACGCUUGGAUUCUUGGAGGGAGCCAUGGGAUUCGACUUGAGCGAUGUGAAGGAGGAAAGAAAACAUGGGACAUUUCAGGAUCUUCAAGAAAGAAUAUUCGAUGGCUUGACUAGGCUGGGACCUACUUGUGCAGGGAUCAUUGGCCGUGUCGACGGCAUUGGCGAGUACAAAUCCGAACCCACGCCGGCCUCACGGGAAGAAAAAGAGGUUAUCGCGGCGAAAAAGACAGAAAAACUGGACAAAGAAAGCAACUUUGUGGUCAAAGUUAAUUCACGACCAAGCACUCCAGCAUCCGCCAGCGCUUCAUCUUGA